AUGGGCCGAAGAUCUAAAAAGCAGCAUGAGCCGGCUCAGGGACAAGCCGCACAGCCGCCGCCCGCGAGCCCGGCCAUGUCUUUUUCUCCAAUGCCGUACUCCCAAAUGCCAAGCUCACCGAUGCAGUAUUCGCAAAUGGAGGUUAGCAAUUCCAUGAUGCAUACAUCCCCGCCCCCAGCUGGCCUCGUCGAUUAUUCACAUGAGCUCUGGAAGAUGCCAGAGAUUACCCCGAGCUGGGGUGACGCGAGUGUACAACCAGUCCAGCCUUACCUGAAUCAAUCGGUGCCUGCAGUAAUGCCAACAGAGCCAUGGAGACACCAGCAAUAUUCUCAGUUAUACUGCAUAACCUGCGACAAGCAAUUCAAGCCCAACUCUGUGUCGCUGCUCUACUGUUCAGCAUGUUGCCAGGGUCUUGAUCAAGGAACCCAACAGCGGGAGUCCGGGCUUGCAUCCUCCGGGUUCACCUUCACUGGUUUUCCAACAGCCACUCCGGGGACUAAAGCCGAAACAUCUCCCACGACUUCGUCAAUCUCGGGCCUUGAAUCUCACACCCUCCUCUCUCGCAGAUUCGAAAACACUCGGAGACUUGCACCUUUGGGCCCUGGAUCAACUCGUCCCAAGAUGUCCAAAGACCCUCUCGAUACAGGCUAUGUCCUACCUACGACAAAAGAUCACCAGUUUGGAUCUCAACCGGAUGAUACAGAAGAGCCUGCAACUACCAAGAAAUUGGAAGGAGAUAAGCGAAAAGAAUCCCACCUGACUCGCUCUUCUCUCAAGGCUCAACUUUCUCAUCGGUUUAAAAAGUCCGGGUCAACACAAAUGGGACCGCCCUUCCACGAUGACUCUGACGCAGACACCACGAGUUCUGUCGAUUCUGCCUGGGAUGGCUCGGCGGAGCCAACCGAGCAACAUUUUGUUCAACAGCUCGUCCAGGGUGUCAAGAGCAAUCUUGGCAGCACAUGCAGCAAGAGCAUGGCUGUAGACUACCUUGGCAGUGCAGUGAAGGAGUUUGCAUGUAGACUGCAAGACGAGUCCCUAAGUGCUUGCGGGUUAGAGGCAGGGGCCAUAGUCAAACGACACAGGAAACAAAUCGUUCAACUGCUAGCCUCUUCUCCAUCUGAGAUGACAUCCAAUCGGAUGGACCAAGAUUUACUGGGUAACGACGGGUUGCCAAGCUCCAAACAAUCCAACAACCCCAGCGACGCGAUCCUUAAUUGGGUGAGCGGCGUCCAGCCAGUGCCUGCUAUUGAAAUGUCGCCAUCAGCCCAAUACAUGGAGUUUGUUCAACAGUCGGAUUCAUAUCGUUGGCUGUUAGCCAAGAUCCUUCAGCAUGAUCAAUUGUCCUUCGGAGACGAAAAUCUUGCAGCAGGAAUCGGAAAAACCAUUCGGAGAGAGUUGCGGGCUCGAGGAUACCCUUCUAAAAACAGAAGACAGCAACGAUCCCCCAUGGUGGCCAUGACAUUCAACGUCAACUGGAACCCUGUUCGUUUCUUCCGUGACUUGGGAGCCAAUGUUCCUUUCAAAGAGGCCCUUCUCAAGAUACGCUGCUUGGUCGGUGCAUGGGAUGAGGCACAGGCUUUGACAGUAGUGGAUUAUAUGAAUCAAACGUGGCCUGAAUCUGGACAACCUCUCAUCACUCUCUUACAAGAGCUAGUAUCACUUCCUGAAGGCCAAGAAUGUUCACGCAAGUUCAGAAUGCCAUAUCAGACAGCACAGCCCCUUGGGGAUCAGCACCAGCGAGGUCUCAAAAGUCUCAGUGCCAUCAUUAAUCCGGAAUCAUCCUUCUCCCUCACAGCGGUUGGGGGCCUUCACUUUGUUUCCGAGAUAGGCGAGCAGCUUUCCUGGUUGGUCUCAGCUUUGCGGCCAUCAUCUAUGAACGGGCGCGUGGUGAGUUACAUCCCUCGUGUCCGCGGCCUCCAGAUACUUCCCCGAGAUAGGGGAACCGGGAUAAGAAAGACAACUGCAUCUUGCGAUAUUAGAUGCGAGUUUGUAGGCACCGAAGACCCGUCUCUGAAACUCGGUCUCUGCUGGGGCAGUCUAUUUUGCGGCCCAGUCCUAAUCUCAGGGUUUCCAAUCCUCAAGCGAUCUAUCCCCAAGACGGGCUUGGAAAUGUCCUUGGCUGAAAUAGCCACCAUUAUCGGGUCCAAUCAGGUCGUUCGAUGGGACCAAAGAAUCAUCAUGAAAGGGUUCAACAUGCUUGCCGUCGCUACUCUUGCGGCUGCCGAUAUCAUCGUCUGGCAUCUUCUUAUUAGUAAUAAAGCCGACGAAAGGAUUUCAUAUAUUGAGCCCAGGCUGGAUGAGUUGGAUAGUGUGAAUUUGGAGGGUAUUUCUCUUCGAACGUUGGAAGAAAAACGACAUGUUAUCGGGUGGUGUGCAGCAGCGACAGACCUGUGCGGAGGCGCAUUGGCAAAUCAUGGCGUGAAAUCAUCUGGACUCCAAAAACCGUCAGGCUCAAUUGUUAUUGACAGACUAUACCUUGAGGCUGGGGUUGACGUGGUGGGCGGUGUUAGCAUGAAGAUCAAUUCCAAGGAGCAACCAUUUUGGCUCCAGCGCGGAAAGGACUACCCCAGCCUUCUCAAGUGGGUUGGAACUCAACCCAUUGCUUUUUAUGAUGUAACAAGCCGCCGUACAUGGCUCGUCGACGGUGCUUCUGCGUUGCUCCAACUUGUUAGGAUAUCUCUGCAUCUCGACGAGAACGAUCCUGAUUCCACUUAUGACUGGGUAUUCGAUCCAAGCCAGCUCAAGGACAAGUGGGAUGGGGUCACAGGUCGACAAGCAGCCCUCAGGACUUUGAAGAGCUGGGACAAUCUCGACUUGAACAUCUACAUUGUCGACAAGCGACGAGGGCCAACGGGUACGCCAGAGGUACAGUAUGCCACAUUCGGGACGCGUGUCAAGGAGGUACUUCAUUCUAUCGAGCUCCUGAUUGAUAGGCAGUCCACAACCGCCUCGCAGGAGGGAAUAAGGAUCUCUCAGUCUCUAGACCCCCGCCGCGAGAUUGUUGGCUUCGAUGUUCUAGAUGUUGUCACUCCACUUGGUCCCAUUCUUCCUCGGGUUCAACAUCUGAAAUCAUGGGGUCACGGCUGGAUCGAUUUUAUGCCCUCAGUUGGCGUCACCACCAUCUUCGGCAACGGGUUUGGUGAUUUGAUUCGCCCUGAUCAGCCUCAGAGCUUGUGUCAGGGCUGGAAGUCUUUACCCGAAGGAAAAGACUAUAUGGCGGCUUCCAUUUCGACCCUGCAGAUGUUGUACGAAAAGCGCCUUCUGAGAAUGGAUCCGGGUCUGAAACAAGGUGAGAUGGCCAAAAAGAUUGUCUGGGCCUCUUUUAGCCACCCCUUCAGGCCCUGCAACUGCUUGACGGAGUGCAUCAACAAAGUGGCUGCAAAGACAACCAAUAAUGAAACCCAGGGCUGCCAUGGCCCAGUGCAGUUCUUUGUCAAGAAGUCAUGGCCUCGCACGGUCCCUCAUGGUAUGACACCAGUGCACUUGGCGGAUCUUGAUGAAAAGGGAGCAGUGGUCUUUGGGCAUUUACCCAUGAUGUCUCGAAAGAGUGAAGGGAAAGCCACUGCCCGACAACGAGACGAGGAUGUGGAAGCAUCUCCAUCGAGUGCCGAUGGAACAUUGCAAGCGCCCCUCACAAACUCAGCCACAAGCGAGUCAGUUGGAUCAACUGGGAUCACAGUGCCAAGCUCAGGCAUAUCAAGUCCUAGAGAGGAACAGAAGGAGGAUAAGUCAACGGAUGGUAGUGCUAAAGAAGCAGGGGCAAAAAGAAGGAGAUGGAUAUUCUUUAGGAAAUAA